CUAUUGGACUAUAUCAUAACUGGCUCUGAAAAUUUUUUCUCAUUUAUUAUCAGGCAAAUGAUAACUGUUAAUCGAGAUAUUCCAUUGCCUGGAGUGGUAGUAUACAUAUAUUAGGGAUAAAGAAGAAACCAAGCUGGUAAAUCCAUAAAUGCUGUUGACCUAUGGAGGACUGGAGCGAGACCAUCGACGAUAAUCGCGUAUAAAGUAUAAUAUAUAAUCGUUAGCUAGAAAUGGAAUUGUAAUAAAUGAUUCUUUAUAAAUCGCUGCUAAUAAUUCAGUAGUGAUGAAAAGCUGCACAAAAAAGUCACUUGUGCAAAAUGGAUUCUCACAAUAAUUCAAAUGGUCAAAUAAAAAAUAAUUUCUUUGCAGAAUUAGUUGGAGGUGCUUGUCCACGGAUAUGUCCAAUUGGCGGUGAGCCGGUAUGCGGUAGCGAUGGUAUUAUAUAUGCAUCACAGUGUGAAAUGCGGAAGAAAAUGUGCGGAAAAGUGGUAACAAUGGCAACUGAUAAAACAGCAUGCUUAAGAUCAUCAGGUAGUAAAUGUGAACACCGUUGCCCAACCGAUCAAGAUCCUGUAUGUGGGACUGAUGGUCGCACGUACCUCAAUAAAUGUAUGCUCAGGGUUGAAAUAUGCAGGGUGGGAAUUGAGCUCUCACAUCUUGGUCCAUGCAACAAUAUAUCAGCACACCGGGAAAAUUGUCCAGUAUCCUGUGAUCUUGCUCCACUAGAUGGGCCGGUUUGUGGAAGUGAUGGAAAUGUUUACAAGUCUACAUGUCAAAUGAAACUUCUCACAUGCAGACAAGGUGUAGUAAGAACAAAUAAAAAGCAUUGUCAGACAACAAGACACUGUCGGGAAUCUUGCUGGCGAGGUGCCAAGCCAGCAUGCGGCAGUGAUGGUAUUCUAUACGCUAAUACAUGUAAAAUGCGAGCAAAAAACUGUGGUAAACAUGUAUUCGAGGUACCUAUGUCUUUCUGCAUCACCAGAGAAAGAACAUCUGGGAGUGUUCCUAAUACCGCUUGCCCCCUCGAUUGUAACAAUGAAAAACAAGUUCAAGUUUGUGGAUCUGAUGGAAGUAUUUAUAAGAAUGAGUGUGAAAUGCAGAUGCUCAAUUGUGGACAAUCAAGAAGGAAAAUAACAGUCGUUGAUUUUGACAAAUGUCGAACACGUUUAAUAAAAUGUUCUAAACAACAACAAAAAUGUGGACAUGAUGUAGAUCCAGUGUGCGGAAGUGACGCUACUACUUAUCCUAAUCAAUGUCACCUGAAUGUCGCUAUUUGCAUGAAGGGAAUACAAUUGGCUCAUGUCGGCGAAUGUACGACCUUGAAAGAAAUCGAACAAUGCCCUGACGAUUGCAAUGAUGUUUUGGAGGAACCUGUUUGCGGUAGUGAUGGCAAUGUUUACCGAUCGCAAUGUCAUCUACGCCGAGAUACAUGUGGUCAGAGAGUAGUUUCUGUUCCAGCUCAGCAUUGUCGAACAACAGCACUAUGCAAUCAAAUAUGUAGUGGCGAACGUGCAUUCGUUUGCGGUUCAGAUAAUAAGCUUUAUCGCAAUGAGUGUGAAAUGAAGAGGGAUAAUUGCGGGAAACAUGUAUACGUAGUACCAAUGAAAAGAUGCGUACAAGGUUUUCUCUUUCGAGGGUGUCAAAAAAUUUGUCCUCCCUACUAUGAUCCUGUAUGUGGUACUGAUGGAAUGACUUAUAGUAAUGAAUGUUUCCUUGAAAUUGAAAACUGUCGCAGCACAAGUCGUGUUACAAAGCAGUACCAUGGAGUUUGUGGCCAACCUACAGAAGAACCUAAAAAUUAUUUAUAUUGAAUUAAUGGGAAAAAGACUGGUGAAAUUCAUUCGGAUCUAUUGUUGAUUAUCAUAUUGACAUGCAAGUCCAAUGGAAUACUUGCCGUUAGAGGAAAAAGACAAGAGUAAAGUGAAAUAAGUUAUCAUCAAUUUCUGCCAUUAUUUUGCAUUUUCAAAUCGUCUCAAUGAAAAAAAAUGUUCAUUUCUUAUUUAUUUAUUAUUAUUAUUAUUAUUAUUAUUAUUAUUGAACAUAUCUUGUCCAUUUUCAAGGAUUUAAAGAAAGGAGGAAAGACAAAAGCAGAUAUUUCUGCUUUUUCUAACAUGAUGAUGAUGAUGAUAUGAUAUUUUUCGUUUUGUGAUGUAUGUUCAUAUCCUUUAUUAUCAUCUUCUCAAUCUCAUUCUUAAAAAUUAUAGAUUUUUACUAUGAUUAUAAUAGAAAUGUCGUUUUUUUUUAAAUUUUGUUUUAUUGUAUUUAUCAUUCUUCAAAUCGGGUACAUUAUUAUUUAUUAUCAAAACAAAUGUAAAGAUCUUAUUAGUUUUAUUCAUGAACGCAUCUGUUCAUCCUUUUCACAUUAAAAAACAUAAUUAUGUUGCUUAUGUAUAAAAAAAUUUGUAUUCUCCUUGUCAUUUUUUUUUC